AUUAUGUUCUUGGGUUCCUUAAUGUUGGCAUAUGCAGUUGAGCAAUCAGGCCUCCACAUAAGAUUAGCUUUAUGUGCUGUUCGGGCUAUUGGCUACUCCCAUUACAGAUUGCUCUUCGCAAUUUGUUUUAUAACAAUGUUCAUUUCUAUGUGGAUCACUAACACUGCUGCAACCACCAUGAUGGUUCCAAUUGUAUUUGCUAUAUUAAAAGUGUUUGAAGAACAACAGAUACUAAAAAUAUACGACACCGACAACGACGGUAACCGGAUCGCUUCAGAUAUAACAACGUGUUAUUUUUGUGCAGCAACAUUUUCCGCUACCGUUGGUGGUAUUGGAACACUAGUGGGUACUGCAACCAACUUAGUGUUUAAAGGCCUCUUUUCAAGAUUAUAUCCCAAUGCACCGGAAUAUUUAUCAUUUCCAAAAUUUUCAGCAUUUUCAGUUCCUUAUAUGAUAACAAUGGAGCUGGCAAUAUAUUUUAUUUUAUUGAUUCAGUAUUUUGGAUUUCUAAGGAAGAACAGUGAAGCCGCAAAACAGUGUAAAAUACCUCCUAGCGGUAUAGAAGCAGCUAAAUUAGUGGUAGAGGAACAAUGGAAGAGUUUAGGUAGAAUCACAUUCAGGGAAUCUAUGGUGAUUAUCUUAUUUGGUGCUGCUAUAUUGCUGUUCUUCUCACGAUCACCUCAAAUAUUUUACGGUUGGGGUGAACUUGUUGUGGAUACUUUUAACUUGAAAGAUCAUAAAUUUGUAAAGGACUCAGCAGCAGCUGUGGUUAUUGUGUUCAUAAUGGCGUUACUGCCUUCCAGUCUCGUUAUAUUGAAAAACUUUGAAGCAAAAACUUAUAACGAAUUGCCGACAUCAAGUAUUACUUCUGUGUUAGAUUGGACUUCAAUGUGCGAAACAAUGCCAUUUAGCUUUAUGUUUCUAUUAGGUGGAGGUUUCGCUUUAUCAGAAGCCGCCAAACCGGAAUAUUCCGACCUAAAUGGUAAAAUAGGUGAAAUACUGAAGCAACUAUCCAGCCUACCGAACAUUGUUAUCAUACUAUUGAUAAUUAUAUUCACCAUAUUCGUUACGAACUUCGCUUCGAACGUUGCUGUUUGCAACGUUAUCUCACCAAUUGCUAUGCAGUUGGCAAAGGAAAUUGGCAAAAAUCCCUUAUGGUACAACAUAGCUUCCGGAUUCACAGCUUCAUAUGCCUACAUGUUGCCAGUUGGUACUCCAGGAAAUCUGGUAGUGCAAAGUGCUGCUAGCAUUCCGACUGGAAAGAUGAUAAAAGCUGGCUUCGGCCCUACAAUAUCAACAAUCUUCAUAACAUGGAUUGCUAUUUGUUUUUGGGCACCUGUCGUUUGGCCGGAUUUACUUACAGAAACUGAAUGGCUUAUGUGAAGAUUAGUCUUUCCAGUUUUACUACUUUAUAAGUUGCUGUAAUAAAUUUUGAUUAUAUAUCGUAUUGCUUCAAAUUAUUAUACAGCGAGAUUAAUACAAUA